AUGACAGAUGGUGAGAUGAAGGCAGUCCUGUUCCAAAUGGCCCAAGCCAUCACUACCCUAGCUGAAACCAUCAUGGCUCAAGCUAACAGAGAGGUUGCUUCUCGAGAGAACCAACAUGCUAGUAUUAUAUCUAGACAUUUGAGAGACAGUAUGAGGAUGAAUCAUCCCAUGUACUUUGGAUCAAAAGUUGAUGAAGACCCACAAGAAUUCCUUUAUAAGUGGAAGGAUAAUCGGGCUUUAGGAGAUGGUCUCGUGACUUGGGAGAUCUUCAAAAAGGCCUUUCAUGACAGAUUCUUUCCAAAGGAACAAAGAGAAGCUAAGGUUGAGGAAAGCCGUCUAAGGAAUAGUAAUAGGAAAGCUAAGAGGGCAAAGUCGUUUGAAAGUGGUUCUUCUAAGAGUAGGCUUGAUGUUCAAGAUAAGCCUAAGUUUAAGAAGAGAGGUUCUAAUCUUAAACCUCAAAAGGGGAGAAAUGUUGAUCCACCAAAGGAGAGACCAUUUUGUGGUAAGUGUGGUAAUAAACAUGCGGGUGAAUGUCUUGUUAAGACUAAUAGUUUGUAUGGUUGUGGCAAGGGUGUCCAUAUGGUGAAAGCUUGUCCUAAUGUGAGAAGACAAGGCAAGGGGAAUGGUCAAACUCAACUAGGUAGUCCUAGUUCUGAUGCUCAAAAGAGGAACCGUUUCUGUGCACUCAAGGCUAAGGGUGAAAAAGAAAGCUCUCCCGACGUUGUGACGGGUAUGAUACAAGUUUUCUCUAUUAAUGUCUAUGCAUUGCUUGAUCAAGGACAAGGGUAG